CUGGCAGUUCCAAGCGGUUAUCGCUUCCAACUUUACUGUAACUUGUGUUGAGCGAGUCUUGCUUGUACAGUUCUUAAAGGCAUGUGCUGCCGAAUGACUUGAAUUAAAGUUAAGUCGUUGAAUUUUUCCUUCCUGAUCCUGUGUUUAGUUCUGCCUAAUGAACCAUAUUGUUAAUAAAUUAAUAUAAUUGUUUCCUGAUCGGUAAAACGUGAGCGCGUACAGGAAUUCUGUGCUUCCAUUAGCUGGUUUCUUUGAUUGCUUCGUGCCUCGAGGUGCUAUGAUGGCAAAAUCUGUCACAUUUCUGUUAUCGGGAUGCAGACUGCCGUGCGUUUUUCUGGUUUUUUCAAUUUUCAGCCUUGUCUCCUGCAGUCCUGUUCCACAAGAAGCCACGGGAAGCGUGCUCGACUUAAAGGGUAUUCGAAAGAUUAGCGUCGACGGUGGUCAGCAGCUCGUACUUGGGUGUGAUAGCUACAACAUGGUGACACCCGGGAAAACGAAAAUGAUGUGGGUUCGUUAUAAUAUUGCGGAUAACUCCGAGGUGCCUCUUUUUCACGACACAGUGAAGCUGAGGAAGCAACAGCGCUAUCAUUUGAUUAACGGCUUUGACUUGGGAAUUCACAAUGCCACUUACGAAGACAUUGCUGUGUUUCAAUGCUAUGAUAUGUUCCACCCGGAAAUGGUCACGCGGUAUCUAGUGGACGUGCAAAACCUGAAACCUGAACAACAAGCUGUCACGGAAGAUUUUGAUUUACAUACUGAAACGCCGGAUCUGGAAGGAACUACGGUCGACGAAUCAGGUGUGAGUGGCAACGAUACGGCAACGUACUACGACGACGCCGAGGAAGAGGAAGCGAGCGAUCGCGAGCAUCCAGCCGGCGCCGUGGAAUCUGAUGUAAGCGGUGCUGAACAGGGCGAUGACAGGGAAACAGACGCCCUAGUCGCACAUCAUGCUGCAGGCGAUGAUGAUUCUGAAGAAGCGGAUCCGGAGAUGAACAAGGAAGCCGAUUCUGGCGCAGAACUGGAAGAGACGACAACGACCGAAACGUCCAGCACAUCUGCAGCCGGCGAAGAUUUUGGUCACGAUGGAUACGUCGACGAAAACACAUCGGACGAUGACCUUCAUGAAGAAACCGGGGAGUUCGCUUCGAACUCCGAGAACGCGUUGCCAAAUAAGCACAGCGAGGAUGAACAAAUUACGGAGAGUGCCGAUGACAUGGAUUACGUGACAGAUAAUCCUAACGUUAUCAGUACAAGUACUGCAGAAUUUAUAACCUGGGAGACCACCACCGAUACUGUCAUCGUGGUCAAUACCGUGAAUCGAGCGGAACGGAAGGAUCAUCAUGCCCACCCAACAAGACCAUCCCAUCGGUGGUCAUCCGGCGAAGAGACAAGUGAGACCACAGCCACGACGUCGACGGAAUCGACUACGACUGCAACAUCUGCCCCCACCACCACCACAACUACUCCCAGCACGUCGAUGAGCACAACAACCUCCACAGAAGCAACAACCACCACUUCCGCAACGUCCAGCCCUGCAUCGUCCAUGGAAUCGUCGACGUUCCUGCCCACAACAACUGAAGACCAUCUUGCGGAGAACGAUGAUGAAAAGCUGCAGAUGUUGCCGAAAUCCAACAACACGCUGAUUGCACCGGCUUCCGGUUCUGGUAAAGGUGUGCGACAAAGCGGCUACAUUGAUCACAGUGCGGACGAUACGGUGGGACCGGUGAGCCGCAAAGUGGUGUCUAGCGCCGGAAGGUUGAUGCUAACGGUGACGAAUAUGCUGACGGUGGCAGUUUGCUCACUUCUGAUUAUGUGAUUGUGUUUCGGAAUGCGCACAUGGUGUGUACCUACCUGGUGAUAACAGUGAGAACGGUGUAGUUCGAGUUCGGAAUUCUUGAUUGCGAAAACCCAGACGCGGGUGUAGCUGCCCUCGCGUUCUGCUGAUUUUUGUGUUUUUGCAUAUUUGAUGUGCCUUAGAGUUUUCCUGGUUUCAUCAUUUUUCUCUCUAACAUUCCAUUUUUUGAUCUCACAAAUUGUUGAUGUUUAAUUUAACUGCUGUACUUAGAAUUAACGAUCUGAAUUGUGUGAACGAA